GAAAUGUUAUUAGGCAAAGGCAAAGCAGGCUGCUUGGCUACAGUUCAAGUAGGCCGUCCCGAGUGUCAGCGUCAGCCUACACCCACAGAUCAGCCACUAAACUCUUACAGUAAAACUCAGCAAGACGUACUGUGGGCUGAUACGUUCCAAAGAAAUAUUUAACCAGGUUUGGCAAUGGCUCACACAAUUGACACAGAAGUGUUCCAGGCCUUCUCCACGUAUGCCACCAUCGUCAUCCUCAAGAUGAUGCUGAUGGCUCCUCUUACCGCAUACUUCAGGAUCACUAGAAAGGCUUUUGCAAACUUUGAGGACACUAUGGGCAAGACUACAGAGGAGAAGAAAAAGACGGUGCGGGUCAAUGAAGAUGUGGAACGUGUCCGCAGAUGCCAUCAGAAUGACCUGGAGAACAUCAUUCCCUUUGUGGUGAUUGGCCUGCUCUACGCUCUGACAGGGCCUGACCUCUCCAUUGCCCUGCUGCACUUCCGCUUGUUUGUGGGUUCGCGUUUCGUCCACACGGUGGCUUACGUGAUGGUGCUGCCCCAACCAAGCAGGGCUCUGUCCUGGAUGGUGGGCAUGGUCAUCACCUUCUCCAUGGCCUACCGUGUCCUCACCACUGUUCUGCUGCUUUAGAAGGAGACACAAUGGGAAACAUCAACAGAGCUACUUCAUGUAUUACCAUCCUGAUACUGCUAAUGCUGCAUAAUAUGCUAUAAGCAGACAUGAAUGUGUAAGAUCCUGCUGUUCUUCAAUGUGAACACACUCAUUUUUGUAACUACAUAAAGAUAUUUAAUAUAAAAUUACUAAAAAUCCACAAAUAUAUAUGGUAGUGGGUGGCUUUAUGAUAUGGGCAUUUGUUUAUGUGUAUUGCAAAGCAACUUAUCUCUGAUUACAGCAGUGUUUAUUGGCAGCCUGUCACUAUGACUCAGCAUAAAAGCAAGUACACAUGACUGAUCAGGACUGUCUAUUAGGAUUGUGCAGUAUUGUAUAAUAUCCAGUACUGUGGUAGCCAGUUUCUAUGGAAAAAUAAACACUACACUUUUCAAGUGUACUACACCAGCAGAGAUGUGUAGUAACUAGUUACAUGUAAUCAGGUACAUUUUUGAAUGAUUUUUGCCUUCCUGAGUCUUUUCUAAUGAUAAUAAUUUUUGCUUCUACUCAAGUACUCGUGAGGAACAUAAUUACCUUUUACUCACAUCUCAGCCAUUAGCAUUUAAUUACUAAUUCUAUUUGGUGUUUAAUUUUAUUAUGUUGAAUUGGUGACAGCAUCCUCACUGUACUCUUGAGUGCUACCGUUUUUAUUCUGGUCAGGGAGUGCAUCACAAAGAGAAGAAUCGAGCCUAACAAACAUCAGUUCCUAUGCUGACUGAAGCUGGAUAUACUGCUGCAGUGCUAUAAGUUAUUCAGUACUUAGGCAGCUUUUUGACCUGCUACUUUUAUGCUUCUACUCAAGUUGUGAAACACACUUUCACUUUGACUUGAAUCAUCAUUUCACUGAAGUAGAAAUACUGUUACCUGAGUCUGAGCUUGGACUACUCUGCCCACCUCUAACACCCAAUAAGACAACAAUUGUUGGGGACACUGGGCACAGUGAGGUUAUUUUUUUUCAUUGGUCUUGCAUGUCUUCUCUGAUGUAAUGUCUUUUGUAUCUGUCCCUCCCAGACUUUGAUAGAUGUUUGGAGAGUGUGCCACUGUGCAGAGGCCAUGACUUAUGUUUAAUUAAAUAUUUGCACAUAUAGCAACAAUAGA